UGAAUAGAUAUAUGAAUAGAUAUAUGAAAAUUAUCUUCAGUUCGGUAUUAAUCAAUGCAUUUGUGUGCGGCACAACCGGUUCAUGACAACUCGAAUGCAGAUUGAACGAUGACGGUGUUGGUUCUAUGCAAAUCACUGGACUUUCUCUCGUAUGACAGACCGAGAAAGACGAACGAAUAUGCUUUGUAACAUAUGCCGUAAUAAAAACAAUUGUUGUUAACAGAAUACACCUGAGCGUGACUGCGCAUAUUUCAUCAGGAUUAUAGAAAGAGAAGACUCGUCAGUAUUACAGAUCACAGGAACUCUUUCCUAGUAAACCUACAGUAAUUAUUAAGUUCAAUUCUUUCUUUUGUAAAUAAAUAAAGGGCAAAAUGGAUCUUCCACUCAUGAGCAAUUAUUUGGAAACAUAUUCCGGCAGAGAUAAGAUGUUAAGAACUUUGUCUUAUGCGGCAAAGUUACUUACUGUGUGUACUUCAUCUAAAAGUGCCGAAAAGAAACUCAAGACCUUUGGAAGUCAGAUGAGUGAAUGCAGGGUGAUGCUGCGCUUGCUAGAUGAUCUUCCGUCGCUUCAUUAUAUGAUGACAUAUGGAUGGGGAAAGCAGGAACCUGAUCGGUUGAUUAGAUGGAGCCAAGUGAUACAAAAUGUAGUAGAUGUUAUUUAUUCUCCCAUAGAGCAUAUUGCUUGGGCUGGCCAGCAUAAUAUUGUAUCAAUUAAUAAUGAUAAAUGGGAUCUUGCUACAACUUGGUUUUGGAUAGUUUCUCUACACCUGUCGUUAUUGAAAUCGUUUAGAUUAUUACAAAAGCUUCAAAGAUAUAAAAUAGGAUUGAAAAAAAGUAAUGUUAAUACACAUAUCACAUUGAAAGACCUCAACAAACAACGACGAAGUGCACUAUUGACAUGCACACGUAUAAUGCUAGAUAUUUCUUAUGCAAUUAGCUAUUUACCACCAGGAAUACUUUGGGGAGGCCGUUUAAAAACAUGGCAUGUUGGUGCACUUGGGACAAUAUCGUCAUUAAUUGGACUUUAUCAAGCUCUCAGUCGCCAAAUGAAAAUUUGAAAAUACUUUUAAAUAUUAAUUUGGGAGAGGUUUUAUCAAUUGCAAAAAAUGUGGAUGAAUGUAUUGUAUAUACUACUUUGUAUAAAGUUGUGUUGUACAUAUAUUGAUAUUAAAUAAAAAAUUAAUACGGAUCAAAAA